AUGAUGAGUGGACAUUCUUCGUCGUCAUCCUCAUCAAUACAACACCAGCAAGAAUUGCAACCGAUAGGCCACCACGCUUCAGCAGCUGGAAUGGAAGAAGAGAUCCUUGAGCAUUCAGCUAGGAACGAACACAAACCUUCGCUGGUAGUGAUGGGAUCACCUUCUCAUUACUCCUCCUCUUCCUCCUCCACUUCUUCAAAUCUAGGUAACCACUCAAAUACGGUAGCGAAUAGCUCUAAUGUCGAAUUAAGUACAAAUAAUUAUGAUAAUAAUGGGAUGAGCAUGAUGAAUACGCAUUCAUCAUUAACCCCUAAUUCUAGUACCGUAAACGCAAUCGUUAGUAUUUCCCCCACACCCUCACCCACUACAGCAUCAACAACGACAUUUUUGCUCCCUCAAAAGCCUUCUUCUGGGUCAUCAUCCUCUUCUGAGCAGAGUAAUGGAUCACCAAUGGCGAAUACGUCAACAAAACCCUCACCGAUCAAUCAUCAUGCUUCAUCUCCUCCUCUCAACACCAAUGUAUUCAUUAAUAAUAAUUUGAAUUUAAAAGAUCAGGUGAAUAAUUCGUUAACGACGACACCUGUAGCACUGAAUCAAACAAGAACACCAAUCAACCAAACGCCAUCUAGUAAUAGUAGUGGGAGUAGUACAGCAACAGCUUCAAUUUCACAACAACAUGCAACAGGUACAUCUUCUCAAACAUUGGCCACGACAGGGGCAUCUGAAAAAACGACAAAACCAAGCAAUGCAAAUAUUUCAUCUCAACCUGGGGCUCACAUACCCAUUCCACUCCCUCCGAAUGCUUCUGCUCACAUGCUUCCUUAUACGCCGUCAUCAUUUAAAACACAAAUGCAAGGUAUUCCGCCUCUCACAUUAUGUGUUUUAAUGGAUCAAUUAGCAAACAAAAUUCAUCAGCACUACAACCCUUUUAAACAACAUGAAUCAAAACAAAGGCAACGAUCAGCUUCAACAACCUCAAAGGAACAACCAGAAAAUAAUCCAAGAGCAAUUUCAGCCAGAAAUGACAAGCAUGAAGGAACCACAGAAGGAUCUCCUUCAUUGUCUUCGUCAAAACAAUCGGAAGUGUCGCCCCCUGAAGAGCAUCCAUCUGAAUUGCAAAAACAGCUCUCUCCAACAACCGUUUCUUCUUCUCGUAGCAUGUCAACAUGGAAAACCACUCCCUCUCUGAUCGACUUACUGACAGAGGAGUUUCAAUCAAACCCUUCAGGAUAUAACGACCUUGCACAAGCUACAAACGUCUUAAUAGAAUUUUUAUAUGGAAAUACUGACUUGAAAGAGCGUCGUUCGGCUCCCUCUUAUUCCUCUUCUCAGCCUUCCUCUCAUGUAUUUUUGACGUCGCCUCCAUACACUUCAACUGUAUAUUCAUAUCCGUAUCAUCAACCACCUUCCACUGGGUAUCAAUUGAUACCGGACGCUUCUCAGCACCACCCUAUUCACUUGCAGCCGCGUUCGGUGACACCAACCUCAUCUUCAAUUCAACCAUCCAAUAAGGUUAAGGCAACAACUUCGUCAAAUCCUCCUCCGCCAUUUCCUCCUCCAAUUAUUGUGCAUUCAUCAGUUAGUAACAACAUGGAGCAUCUUUCUAAUUUUAAGCCAACUAGCUCGCCAAUUCCAACCUCAAUCCAAAACACAGCAUCACCGGCAUACUCACCAAGCAAAGGACUCAGUGAAGAAAAAACCUCCAAUCCCUCAACUCCAGUUCGUAUUAGAUGUGCUCCGCCUUCGGCAACCACUUCUGUGGGCACAAGUGAGCCGCUUUCGUCUGGUUUGUUUCUAAGAAAAGAUGAAAGUAUGUUUGAACCAAGUACUGAAGAAACUGUGAAAAAAAGACGAGGAAUCAAGAAAGUGAAUGAGAUGGACACUGCAACCGACGAACAAGAUUCAAGAUUUUCGUGUUACAUUUGUGAAAAAUCAGUAGUGGACAAAAAUACUAAGUACACUUUAACAUCUAACAACUAUUCAUCAUUUGCAGAGGUUUUUCCACAUGUGAAAAUACCAAUGUUUGGUGAAUCUAAGCGCAUAUGUGCUAAUUGCUAUCACAAGAAAUAUCGUGCCUCGAGGAAAAAGAAAGAGCAAAUCGUCGAGGAAAAAACAACAGCUGCCCUCACUUCAAUUCCAAAUUCCAAUUUGUUAGCUCCAGCAUUGUCAGUAGACCUACAUUCUGAAACUCCUGAACGUUUCACUUGUUGUAUUUGUUCCAAGUCAAGUACGUCUCCUUCUUUUGUGGAUAACAAUGCAAUCACUGCUCAAAAUUAUCAUUCCUACCUAAGCACUUUCCCCCAACAACUGCCUCAACAACUUCCGCAAGAUAGAUUGCUACCCGUUUGUGAAUCAUGCAAACUCGUGCACGAAAAUGCUAAAAAGCGCAAACAGCCUCCUUCCUCCUCUUCAUUUGAGCAGAAUGAAGCUUCCAAAAAACUGAAACAGUAA